AUGGCGGGCAUGUAUUGAGUGAUGGUGUUGGGUACUUUUAGGUAACUUACGCAAUUCGUAAAGGAACUUAUAACUGGCGUACUUUUCGUUUACCUGCUGAUUUGCUUUGAGAAGGUUUGGGGCUGUGGGAAAGGGAGGUAUUGAAAACCACCAGUUAGUGUCUGUAGUGACAUGGAGAACUAUAUCCCCAAGUUGUCACCUAGAAACUCCUUGAAGCACAUCACAGAAGACAGACUGAGUCAAAUUUUAGAAACUUUUCAUAAUGCGGAUGAAGAAGGCAAGGGAUUUUUGACAAGUGAGGAUGUCAAAGUAGCAUUUGUGUCCCUUUUUGGUUACAAACCAUCCAAAAAUGAAGUAGAACAGCUCAUGGGCAAAACACAAACAGCAAUAUCCACGGUGAGCGGUUUGUCACACAGUGACCAACUGACUUCUACAAAGCCAAAGGUCUUUGGAGGUGAACAAGUCUCUAAUCAUAAGGGUAUGUCUUUGGAACAUUUCACAGAGAUAGCAAAAAAGAAGAUCUUGGCUGAAGAUGACAGUGACGAAAUUCGUCAAAUGUUUAUUGCAUUUGAUGCUAUGUGCCGUGGUUUCAUCACAUUGGAUGUGACUAAAAAUAUAUUUCAGCAUGUUGCACCCUUUUUGGACUCUGUUGCAGUGGAGAAGCUGUUUUGUGAGGCAGAUAUGGAUCGAGAUGGAAGAGUGAGUUACAGAGAUUUUGAAUUCAUCAUGAAAUAUGAGCUGGAUGAGUUGCUGUAAAAAUGGCUACCUUGCAUUUUAUUGAUGCCUAAAAGGAAGUGAUCAAGGCAAUAGAAGAAAACUCAAUUCUGAAGAGCACAAAACAUGCUAUGUACUGAGUUAAGCGUAACACUUUGUUGGUAUUUGAAUUAAAUAAACCUGUUAAAUUCU